AUGCGUUUCUCUUCCUUGACUAUCCUGUCCGCCGUGGCUGCAUUGGGUGAUGCCCUCCCGAGUGUUGUGCAGUCUCGUGAUGUCCCCUCUGAUGAACUGAGCCAGUUCAAGUUCUGGUCUCAGUAUGCUGCGGCGUCAUACUGCCAAGCUGAUUAUACUGCUCAAGUCGGCACCAAGGUCAGCUGUAUGACAGGAAACUGCCCCGAUGUUGAGGAAGCCGGUGCUACAAUCAUCUAUGACUUUUCCAAGUAUGCAAAUCCCACCUACAUGCAUAGUUUCAGUGCUAACGCCCAUACCUCCAGCUCUACAGCCACCGAUACAACUGGGUACAUUGCAGUAGACACCACAAACAAGGCAGUUGUCCUCGCCUUCCGCGGCUCCUACUCAGUCCGCAACUGGUUCGCUGAUGCCUCAUUCCCCUACAUCGACCCCGACCUCUGCGACGGCUGUUUCGCCGAACUGGGCUUCUGGAGCUCCUGGUCGAACGUCCGCGAGGACGUCAACGCGCAGCUUGAAGAUGCCCUGUCCCAGAACCCAGACUAUGAAUUGGUAAUCGUGGGCCACAGCCUGGGUGCAGCCGUUGCAACUCUUGCGGCCGCCGAUCUCCGUACUAAGGGUCACGAGUCAGCCAAACUGUACGCCUUUGCUUCGCCCCGUGUGGCCAACCCGACCCUGGCGAAAUUCAUCACUGCGCAAAACAACAACUACCGCUUCACCCACCAGGAUGACCCAGUUCCCAAGCUGCCCUUGAUUGCUAUGGGUUACGCCCAUAUCAGCCCUGAAUACUGGAUCACGUCUGCUGAUAACACAACUGUUACCGCCUCUGAUAUUGACGUCGUUGAAGGUGUACUCAGCUUGGACGGAAACUCUGGAACUGGUGCGCCGUUGAUCUCGGACUUCCAUGCUCACCACUGGUACUUCGAGAAGACCGAUGCUUGCUUGAAUGAUGAUCUGCCGUUCAAGCGCUAA